CAUAAGAAACCGAAAGAAGAAAGAUAAUUCAGAAACAAAACCUAGAAUUGCUAAAAAGUCUAAAACCCUUCGACGGUUCGACCCGAACCUCCCCUGUCCCUCGACUUCUUCUUUCUCCCAGCAGAGCAGCCUCUUCGUGCCGCCGGUCUCUUUUCCUUUUCAGUCAGGGGUUUGCUAGAAAUUGUAGAGAAAUGGAGCACGGUUCUUUGAAUGAUCCAAGCAAAGCAACCUUCUCUUUUGUCGACGAAGACCACACACUUGCAAAUUCCGUCCGAUUCUGCUUGAAUCAAGAUCCAAGGGUAUCUGUUUGUGGAUACAGCAUUCCUCAUCCUUCAGAUGCUCGAGUUAACAUUAGAAUUCAAACUACAGGUGACCCAGCAAGGGAAGUACUGAAGGAUGGAUGCCAGAAUUUGAUGCUAAUGUGCCAGCAUGUGAGGGGCGCUCUGGACAAGGCUGUUGCUGACUUCAGAAUGGACAAUCCCACAAAAAUGGAAACAAAGAGCGAUUCAGAUUGAAAUAUGGCCAUCGUCAAACAUAUCAUGUUCGAUUGUAUAAUGUUACAGAUUGCUUGAUGUUCUGAAUCGAUAUGAUGAAAGUGGUUUUGCUCUGCUUCAGAGUCUU